GGCGAAAAAGACAGGAACAUUAUGGAUGUUCAUGACUUCAGCCUGCUCAUUCCCACCUUAGAGUAUCACAAUCGUACAUGGACGUGGCAUGAUCUGUUGAUGGCCAUGAAGAAAGACUGUGUCAAUGUGCUUGUAUCACAAGCUAUUAAGGAAAAGCUACAUCUUGUAGGAGGACAUGGCACAGAAACCAAGGAGUCCAAAUCACAAGCCAAGGAAGAAGAUAAAGCACGCAUGCUUUUAGGAGGCUUUCAACAGAAAGAUCAGCAUAAGAAGUCAAAGAAAAAGUUGUUUGGCAAAUUGGCGAAGGUCGCUCGAGGCUCGAAACGAAAAGGUCUCUUGCAGCCUGACGGAGCAGGCCCUGAGCCUGUUGAUCUACAAGAAGAUCAAGAUUUUGAGGAAUUCGGUACCUUUGAGAUCGAUGAUCAACCACGGACAGAAGAUGACGAUGAAGAUAAAGAUGAUACCGGUUAAAUUAGCUGAUGGAGUUACAACUUCUGCGCUUAAAUUACAACUUCUGUGCAAAAUGAGGGGAAAUCAAGAAUAGAUUAGACGGAGAAUUCCCAUAAAAAAUCAACAAUCAGCCUUGCGAAUUUUAUUUUUAUGAACGGGAUAAAAAUAUGAAUGUAGAAGUCACUCUUUGUCCUAGAACAAAAAUUUCCAACCUACAUUAUUUGAAACACAUACCAUUCUUGAGGAUUACGUAUUAGGUGGUUUUCUACUUGCUUUCUCUAACGUAGAUUUUAAGGUGCAACUUAAAAGAGGAUGGGGAAUUGACACUUAGUUGUAUUUUGAACGGUUCGAUUUUUUUGACAGAACAACUUACGUGACCAGUGAAAGAUGAAUAUUGUGAUACCAUUGGUUACGUAGAGAAAUUAUUUAAAAUUACGUUUUCAAAAUGAGAUGUACAAUUAUAGUAAUUAAGUGCGAGCUGGAGGUAUUAUUUAACCUUAGAGGCUUAGCUGUGAAUUUUGUUUAGGAUUAUUUGCAAUCAAAUGUCAAGACGAGUUCAUAAAUAUCGUGGAUACCUUAGGAUUUGAAUUAAGGGAUCCCAAUUUUCCAAAUAUUAUUAAAUCGAAUCAGGUCGUCGAGAUUCAA